GCCGCUAGGGGUGGUCGGCGCACAGGCGUAGAGAUUGUCAACGGUUUUUUGUGUGUGCUUUCUAGUCUCGCGACAGCGUGCACGGGCUCAAGUUUCUAGGUUUGCUUAGUCGGGUUGCGGAAUAACCCGAACGAACUCCACCACUGCAUCGCAAUGGCCUCCGCAAUCCCAACCCGAGCGGGUGCAACCGCUCCGAAAGACCUGCCAGACCUGGUUGUGGACAAGAAGGGCAAGAAAGAAUACGUCCGCGGCAAGUUUCUCGGCAAGGGUGGUUUUGCAAAAUGCUACGAGUUGACCGACAAAGCCACCAACGUGGUAUAUGCGGGCAAAGUGGUCUCCAAGGCACUUCUUCUCAAGUCGCACCAGAAGGAAAAGAUGGCCCAGGAAAUUCAAAUACACCGCAGCCUUAAUCACAAGCACAUUGUAGCUUUCAAGAGCUACUUUGAAGAUGAAAAAAAUGUCUACAUCAUCCUGGAACUUUGCAGCCGGCGGAGCCUUAUGGAAAUGCACAGACGUCGCAAGACGCUCACCGAGGGGGAGGCACGCUACUUCCUGCACCAGCUCCUGCUUGCGUGCAGAUACCUCGUGCAACAAAAGGUUAUUCACAGAGACCUCAAGCUGGGGAACCUUCUACUCAAUGACAAGAUGGAGCUCAAAGUGGGCGACUUUGGGCUUGCGACCCGCUUGGACUUUGAUGGCGAGAGGAAAAAGACUCUCUGCGGCACGCCCAACUACAUUGCUCCUGAGAUACUAUCCAAGAAAGGCCACAGCUUUGAGGUCGACAUCUGGUCUAUCGGAUGCAUUUUGUUCACCCUUCUUGUCGGACACCCUCCGUUUGAGACUCCGACCUUGAAGGAGACGUACAUUCGCAUCAAGAAAAACGAGUAUCAUGUACCUCCGUCGGUGAGCUCCUCUGCCAGGAGCCUCAUCCGGAAAAUGCUACACCCAGAACCAGAGAAGCGUCCCAACAUAGAGGCCAUUUUGCAGGACGAGUUUAUGACUAGUGGGCCCCUACCAUCCCGUCUGCCGACAUCUUGCCUAACCACCGAGCCACGCUACGACACGCUGAACGCCACCCUGACCGUGAAUGGCCGCAGGCCUCUGUUGGAACGAAAUGAAGGUCCCGAGAUAGAAGCGAAGGUGACUCCUAUAAGGAACCAUCCCGAGAAGGAGGCCAAGCCUGCGCAGUGCCUCAAACCCCAAAAACCUGCUCAACCAGGCGGUUCUCAGAAGCCCGCAGCAGAGAGCCCAGCCGGCAAGGGUGCUCGGGCAGAGUGUCACAUCAGUGAGCUGCAGUGCCUCCUCAGGCGCCUGGUCAAUGCUCAUCCGCCCGAGCUGCGCUUCGAGCGUCCUGACGAGGCGGAGGACCCGGCGUCCGUUCCAGUGUUCUGGGUGAGCAAGUGGGUGGACUACACUGACAAGUACGGUCUAGGCUACCAGCUGUGCGACAACAGCAUCGGCGUGGUCUUCAACGACACCACCCGAGUCAUCCUCCUGAACAACAACCUGAGCGUGACAUACGUCGACGAGGACUGCAUUGAGCACUACCACUCCUUGGAUAACUACCCGCCAUCACUGGAAAAAAAGAUUACUCUUCUGAAAUACUUCUGCACGUACAUGAAGCAGUACCUUCUCAUGACUGGCGAGGAUGUCAGCCCCAGGGAGUGUGAUAAUCUGGUCAGGCUGCCGUGCCUAAGAACAUGGCUCCGAACACGGUCGGCAAUCGCAUUCUAUCUGACCAACGGCACAGUCCAAAUCAACUUUUUCCAGGACCACACGAAACUGAUCUUGUGCCCGCUCAUGGCGGCAGUGUCGUACAUAGACAACAACCGGGUCUUCCACACCUACCGUCUUGAGACGCUGCACAACGGCUGCCCACCCGAGCUUUUCUCUCGGCUGAAAUAUGCACGGACUAUCCUAGACCGUCUGACCAGCUCGUCGUCUUAGUCUGGCCAUCUUCCUAGUUCUUUAAGGCGUGUGUUUUUUCGUGACCAAGGUAUUGGAGUUUUUUUGUCGGUGGAAACUCCUUGCCAAUGAAGCUGUACAUAGCUCUUUUUAUACUGCAUGCAUCAGUGUUUUUAAGUACUUAGCAUCUCUCUCGCCCAAGUGCUCAUUUUAAUUUCCGAUGACAACGGGCUGCUAGUUUCAGCUGUACAAAUCGCCGCACCUUCGCUUUUUUUCAUGCUUUUUAUUUCUGUAUUUUUCAUAAAGUGCGAAGUUGUGCAUUGUGCUAUUGCAAUAGACAUUGAGCAUUAAAAGGGUCUUGAAAAGAAAAUUAAGCUGCUCGGUUGCAAUUUUCUUUUCUUCAAUAGCGAUGAGACAUGCCAUGCAAAAUUUAGUCUAUAAUUAAUAACACCCUUUGAAAUCGUAGUUUGCCUGGACUCCGAAGCGACCACGUGGCACUACCAGUUGCCAUAGGAAUUGACGUGUGACGUCAGUGUAAUAUCAUGCUACAAGAACAUGAAAACACGGCAUUGCCUUUUGUUUGCUCUGAAAUAAUGAAUUUAUAGGAACCUAGAAAAGAAAACGUAGCAAGCGAUUUGCUUGGUCCCGUUUUUUCGUACAUCCGGGCUCUGUCACGUUGCAUUCUCUCCUUCCCGGUUGCCUUCACUCGCUCAGUGCUGCCUCCCUGAUUUUUCUUACUCUUCAAGUGACAUCAGCGGUACAGUUCAGGCAACACCUCCUCUAUUUUUUUAUUUCUUUUCAUUGCCAGUGCAAGCGCUCUCUUCUCAAUGGGAGCGAUCAAUCUGCUUCAGUUCAGGCAGGGGUUGUGAUGAGGCUACACAUAACAGGCUCGACCGCUUGCUUCACACGUGCAUUUGAGCACUUUCCCACAAAGGUGGGAUAGACGUGCUUUCCCUCUCCGAUAUCGUGCGUCUGUCCGAUUUGCUCCUUUGUGGUCCUUCGCUGUGGCUCGGAGCAAUGCCCACGUAGUUGAAAAUAUUUGGAGAACUUUUCAUGGCCCUUUUGAUGUUUCUGGCACCAGUAUUUCUAGGUCCGCGUCGGCGGCUUCAAUGAAACAAUUUUUGAUAGCAUUGUCCUGUUAGUGUUCCUGUAAUUUGCUUACUGGUGUUAGACCAUAACCUCCUGUUUUGCUUUGAAGGGCUUGAGAUUUAUUUAUUCUAUGCAGUAGCAUUGAGACGUAACAGUUUUGUAAUGCUUGUGGGAAUAUGAGAAGCCCGAGGAUUACAUACGGAGAAAGGUUCUCCAUUAACGAAUGCUGGUGCAAUUUUACUUGUAUUCAGUCUCCCUGUACUGUAGUAUGUAUGGCACAUGUGUAGUUUAAUUGCACCAUAUGCAUUGGCUAACCAUGUGGAGGCUUAUCUGGAUUCAACAGCUGACAAUCUGAUCUUCCGGCACAUUGCAGUGACGCUAUCAUUUCUCGUUUCCUCGCUUAAUGGAGGACAAGAAUGAUUAAGUAAAAGUGAUCACAGCUGUAUCUGAAGCAGAUGCCAUGAUAUCAUGUAUGUCUGCGCUCUACUUUAUAUUAAGAACGAUUUCUGCAACCCUGCUUUCUUGUCGAUGUCUGCAACCACACUGUUGUUGCUUUGAACACUGAUUAGAUUGUGUAAGUUGAGUGGGAAGCAGGGUGUGGAAAGACUGAUUUGAAAAUAAAGAGUUUUAUACUAAGUGAA